AAUGCCACGCCCACACCAUAAUUCCCACUCAGCUGUUACUCUAAGUCGCUUUCAGUUUCCACAUGCAUCUAUUCACAAAUCUGCGGUGUUGAACAAUAGGAGAGUCGGACUGGGAGUAUCACCCGUCGGUUAAUCAUCUCGUCUAUCAGUUUUGACCAACUUGUUGCGCAGCUGCUAUUUCUAACCUGCUCUGUGGUCCAUCGCUGCAGAGGGACAGGGGCUGCUCUUAUUCACCAGCACACAGGCGCUGUUUUGUGCUUCAUUGGCCAUAAAAAGAUGACGCUUUUCAGCAGCCUACAGUGAAUUUUGCAGUCUCUUUAAUAUGAUCUCAGAAACGGGAUGCAAGUCAUGAGCUGGACGCGUCCUUGCCACGGACUAGACUGGAGCCACAGCCUCUUCUACCUGACUUUACUCCUGUGGACCAGACGCAUGACUGGACUGGCUGACUUUUCAAACUACCUGUCCAGGAUCAUCACCAGUCACUCCGCUCAAGCGUGUGACGGACAGCCUCUGCGACUCCACUGUCCACGUCACUCCACCAUCUCCAUCCAGUCUGCCUUCUAUGGGAGCGGCGAGGCGCGGCUGUGUAGAGCAGAUCCGGACCCUCCGCUCAGAGCCCACAACCACAGCUGCUCAGCUUUUACUGCUCUACAGAAGCUGCUGUCGGAAUGUCAGAGCCACAGAGAUUGCCAGCUGCCUGUCAACCACCUGCUGUUUGGGAAGGACCCCUGUCCUGGCACUACCAAAUACCUCCAUGUGGACUACAAGUGUAAACCAACUGAACACAAAAGACAUGUGGUGUGUGAGGGGAAGACGAUGAUUCUGCGCUGUAAGCCGCCCAAGGUUCUGAACAUCUAUGCAGCCGUCUAUGGGAGAAGUCUUGGCCAGACUGACACCUGCCCCUCACGCCUGACAAGACCACCCCCAUUUGAGUGUCUGAACCACGAGGCUGUACACUUGGUGUCCAAGUCCUGCUACAGCAAACAGAAGUGUGCUGUUGCUGUAAGCAACCAGACCUUUAGGGACCCCUGCUUUCCAGGAACCAGGAAGUACCUCAGUGUGGUCUAUUCUUGUGUAGUACCGCAGACUUUACUAAGAGAGGCAGACCCUUACAUAUUCAGCUCCACCUCGUUUCCUACUGUGGACACAGAAAAAGCAGCUCCUCCUGCAGAUCUGGAGGAGCAUUUCCCUAAAGGGUCAAGAAGGCCAGACAACUCAGGAGCAAUGAUGAGCACCUCACUCCUGACCUAUGCCUACAUCAAAGAGCAUCCAGAAAUGGCAGGGCUGCUGUUCACCUCCAGUGUGUGUGUUGGUCUUCUGCUCACACUGUUGGCUGUAUCGGUCCGAGUGACCUGCAGAUCACGCCAGCUCGGAGAUCACAGACUCGCACCCAAGUCUCAUAUCCAGGCUGUCAGCUGCCAGGAGGAGGAUGACGAUGAUGAUGACGAAGAGGGAACAGAAAGCUCUUUAAUCUCAGCCGCAGAAAGGAAGGCGAUACUCGGCUGGGAGGAAGGGACUUAUGUGAGCGAGGCAGCUGAACGGGCGGAGAGGAUUGAGCGCAGGGAGAUGAUCAUACAGGAGAUAUGGAUGAAUGCCUAUAUGAAUGGCAGCUCAUGUUAACUAAACUGUGACCCAUGGAUCCUGUUCAGCACCUUCAGGAUUUUUUCAGGAUUCUUGGCAGCAGCUCCCAGCCUUUUUUGCAAUGUGUCUUGUGUUUUGCCAUAUUUGCAGCUCAGUUUGUGAAGUGUAAUAUUUGGGUGAAACCGCAGUACUAGCCAUUUUUAAAGGAUAAACAGGAUUUUAAUGCUGUAAAAUGGGAGCUCACAUACAUUCUGUAACUGUUUAAAUGUUUUUAUUCACAUCCACCAACAAAUGAAGUUCAGAUUUCAGGUUAAAAUACUGUUUACCGCUACAAAAAUUGUAAAAAAAAUAAAUAAAUCAUGUUCAGUCAAGUCAGUUUAUUUAUUUAGCCUAAUAUCACAGAUUGAAUUUGAAUGUAGAAAAUUAAUUACCCUUUGAAUCUACACGUUACAUCCAGGAUGUUUUUUUAAUGCAGUGUUCCUUGAAACAGGCCACUGCUCUUUGAGUGACUUCAUCGACUGUGUCAACAGUUCCACUCGGUGGGAUUAAACUCUCUCACUUUGAACUCUACAACUUCCUCAUCCCUGCUGGGACAAGAGCUGGAACGACCAUCUACUAUGUGGCAACUUCCUGCCUCAGAGCAGCAUCGACUUUCAGAGGGGUGUGUGUGUGUGUGUGUGUGUGUGUGUGUGUGUGUGUGAGUGUGUGUGAGAGCCACUGACUGGAGACAAAGAGAGGAAAGGUGUAGCAUCCUUGUCCCAGCAAUCCAAGGGAUGUAAAACUGUGUUCCAGAUGAAUCACUACCUAUGAAACUUUGUUGAAUGUUAACAAAACAAAACCAUAUUUUUUUUUUUACAAUCAAUUAAAAUGUACAGUACAUUUAGAUUAAACUGAAAUUUAAUUGUUUGCACAUCUUCAAUAAAAAAAUGUAACUUUA